UAUCCUUUUGUUAGUGUGUUAUAAAUAGAAGCAUCAUGAAUCAAACGGUGAUUAAUGCCAUAUUAAUGGUUAUUAUCGCAACAGCAUUGAAGAAUGCAUAUGCAGAAUUAACAAUGGAAGAAAUAAUUUCAACAGGGAAGAUACUCAGAAGUCACUGUCAGCCGAAAGUGGGAGUAUCGGACGAGUCCAUAGAAGCUGCUUCAGAAGGAAGGUUUGGCGAUGACAGAGAAUUGAAGUGUUAUCUGGCCUGUAUGAUGGGAUUGUCACAUUCGCUGAAAGAUGGACAGUACCAAGCUGACUUAGUAAUUCAAAUGGCUGAUGAUUUACUGCCUAAAGAUAUUAGCACGAAGGUCAAGAAUGUGGUCCAUAAGUGUCGGGAUGCAGGCAACGGAAUUGAUGACGAGUGUGAAAUGGCCAUGGCGCUUACAAAAUGUGCUUAUGCAGUUGAUCCUCAGUCUUUCUACUUGCCGUGAUUACUACAGCCCUCAUGAAUCCCGCAGCCCGGUGACGUAACACAAGGACUUCGCUUGUAACCCAUGAGUUUGCAAUGUAACAUUUCAAACAAAUGCAAUCCUUUGUUACCUGUUGUAGAAAAGCUUUGCCUGUCAUCCUUCCUAAUGCCUUAGCAGAGUCACUGCUCGCUCGAGCAAAACUGCCUCCACGAAUCGACUUCUUCUUUACCCUAUACAAAUACACUAGCACUUGUCUCUAUGUAUGUUCCUUGGUUGAUAUUAAUAUUAUUAAAACAUAUAUUUCUGUAACUAACUAACACUAAAUUUAUAGAUUUCUGCAGAAGAAUAAAACUGUUCUCAUUCCAAA